GUAUCUUUUUCAUUUUUAGAAUUAUAUUAAUAAAAUAUAUCUUUGCUACAAAUUUGAUAACAUAGUAUAAUAUGACGUCUUACUUAUCUUAUUUGACAAUCAUUGCAUUUGUCGUUGUAUUGUCGAUUUUCCCCGAAAUUGUAAGGUGUCUUCCUGCGCCAUUUGCCCAACCACAAGAUUCAAGGCAAAUUUUGGAAAAACCGUCGAGCCAGGAAUACUGCGGCAAUCAUAAGUCUUGGGUAGUCAAUAUUGAACAUAUUUCUCAAUCGGACAAGAAAUGUAAAGGAAUCAGAGUGUCAGACGAUCUCAUCAUCACGGUGGCACAUUGCUUUGUAACUUCUGCAAAUGUACACGCAAGAGCUUCGAACCCCACAGAGUGUUUUCAACCGAGUGAUUACAGAGUGACGGACCAUUCUGGCAACGAACAACAAGGAUCACUGGUUCAACACAGCAAAAAUUACCAUUUUGUACCGAGGAACUUGCAAUAUAGACAUGACAUCGCUGUGAUCAAAGUUAAUUCUCAAGUCAGCUCACAGUCUUGUUGGCGAGAUGAUGCCAAACCAGGUCCUGAUGAUGUUUGUUGGAUUUAUUUAAUGAGAGGACAAGAUAUGGAAUAUAAAAAAGUGAAUACUAAGUCUUGUCACGAAUUGUAUGGAUACGAAGAAUACAAACACCACGAUAGUCCCAAUCUUCAAUGUACUAAAGAAGGAGAUGCGGAUGGCGUUGUGCCGUCGGAUAGUGGAAGUGUUAUCGUUUGCGCCGACAGCGAUGGAAAGCACUAUGUCAAAGGUCUACUUUCAAUGAAACACAAAAAGAAGGAGUAUGCUCUUCUUAUGGCAGUACAUCGAGGAACUCAUCGCGAUAUUCAAAAUCAGAGAGCGAACGAUUGUAAAACAUGGAGAAUCUGAUUUAACGGUACAUCUUUAUUCAAGCUUAAUCUUCAGGCGGCACUGUAGAGACAAAUAUAUCGCGUUGUUCGGGCUUUCAUGCCACAGAUGCAAUAUUAGAAUUGAAUGUUGAAGCAAUUUUUUACUGUAAAGUCUUCAAAAAUAGAAUAUUCAAAAUAAAAUUACCCACCUGAAUUUUGAGGUUGCCUAGACCCUAGACGACAUAUAAAUCAUUCAUUUUGUAUAACAUCAUAUUUAUAUUACAAAACAUUAGUUUAGGAUAUCAUAACGUGCUUUUCACGCAAGAACCCGACAUUAGCCAAUACCAAUUAUAUAUUAUUAGUUUUAUUUGUUGAAUAUCAACAUGUUAAAUGUGCAAUGAUAACUGAUAAUGUUCACACAUAUUGCUAUUUCUUUUCGCAUGAUGUUUUUUAUAAAAAAAACUUGCGACUAUGUGUGUUUUUAUCUAUUUUAUAUUUCAUGACACCGGUGUUUUUACUGUUUUUGAUACUAUUUAAACAAGAGCAAUGUGGUGCUUUCUCAUUCUACAUUUCUCACUGCCAAAAUUGUAUAUAAACCAACUAAUUUGAUAGAUAAAAUUAUGCAAAACUUAAUUUCGUUCACGCACAUUUAUUUUGUAAUCAAUGACUGAACUCCAGCCCUGACUCAAACCCAAUGUCACAGAUCAAAACAAGAACAUAUGAGAGAGGUUUCUGCAAAAUCUAAAUUUUCAAUGUAUAAUCGAAAGUUUUUAUAUUUUACUAUAAUCAUUAACUGUUACUUUUUAUAUUUAAUUUUAUCUGCUGUUGUGUGGCUCUUGUCUGUCCAAUGUCUGCUUCUUCAAAAUUUUAUAUUUAUUAUUUAUCUAAAAGAAAUAAAGAUUAUUGAUUGCCAUUUA